CGCCCUCACCUGCCCCUGAAUGAACUGACAAAUGAACUGUCAACUGUGGAUUACUUGUUGUUAGCUCGCAGAAUCACACGUCCAGCUGACCAUCCAGGCCCUCCACACCUGUGAACAUGGACACAGCUGGGAGGCGUUUGCUCACUACACCGCCAAUGAUACCGGGACUGUAAACGGAUGGACAGGAAGCAGUGUUGUGUGAAGCUGUCGGUCCAGCCAUCCAGAGGGCUUGUGGAUGAGAAGUUUAUCAUCUUAGUCCAGAAAGUCUUUCCUGGUUUCCAGCUGACCAUCCAGGCCCUCCACACCUGUGAAGAUGGACACAGCUGGGAGGCGUUUGCUCACUACACCGCCAAUGAUACCGGGACUGUAAAUGUUUCAGAGGAUCCCAGUCUGGGCGGGACAUAUUCUGGAGUUGAACCAAUGGGUCUACUCUGGAGCCUCAGACCAGUUCCAGGUAGCAAACCUGGGCUCCGGAUGAGGAAGAGCAAUGUCCAGACUCCCAUGGUGGUCAAAAUCUCUGUGUACCAGGGUCAUCAGACUAAGGGCUUGGUGGAUCAGGUGCCACUGGCUCGUGUGGUGGUGGAGCGCUGGUACAUGGCACCUGGUGUCCGCAGGAUCCCGAUCACAGAGGAAAGACUCACUGCGACCCUUUUCCUCCCCUCAGGACCGGGACCUUUCCCUGGCGUCCUGGACCUGUGGGGGGGUGGAGGGAAGUUGGUGGAGUACCGUUCAGCACUGCUGGCCUCCCACGGCUUCGCUGCCAUGGCCCUCGACUAUCUGACACCUAAAGUGGUCAUGGAAACUGGGAAGAUGGUGGACGACACAUACUUUGAGAAGGCCUAUGGAGUCCUGGAGCGGCAUCCUCAGAUCCUCGGCAGCAGGAUCGCCAUGUUGGGUCUUUCCUUUGGCGCCAAUGUCACCCUCAAAAUGGCUGUUUACUCCAAAGUUAUGAAGCUCAGGUGUGCAGUGAGUAUUAAUGGAUGCCAUGUGCAGCCGGUUGAGGGAUCUGUAAUGCAAGUAUCGCGUUACAUAGGCAAAUUUUAUCCAAAGACUCAGGUCACCAAGGAGAACCACGUAAUCUGGCGAAAUUGGGCCCUGCCCAUCACCAAAGACCCCUCACUCAAAGUGGAUGUGGGAAGACUCCAGAGUCCUCUGUUGCUUGUUGUAGGUGAGGACGAUCAGAACAUGGCCACCCAAGAAUCUGCACUGGAUAUGAAGGAGAUGAUGGAGCGGGCCGGGAACAGUCACCUGCUUACUGUCCUGUCGUACCCAAACACCGGUCACCUGAUUGAACCUCCGUUCACGCCGUUUGUCAGAUUCAGCAACUUCCGAAGAGCUCAAUCAUCUGAGAGGACGAUGCUUCUGUGGGGUGGAGAGGUGGUGGCACAUUCUCGUGCUCAGGAAGACGCCUGGAGGAAGACGCUGAACUUUCUGAAGGAGAAUUUGUAUGGCCGCACAGAUUCCCUCUCAAGAUUAUAGCCGUUAAGUUCAGAUACCUCUGGUUUAAGAAGUAGCACCAUUGAUUUUCCCCAUAAAUAAUGUGAAAUAACUUAAAAUUGACAAUUUUUUUGUGGUGAAAUCGUCAGAACAAAGAUGAAUUACUGUGCUAGAAAGUAUCUGGAAUUCAAAUAAUAGUCAUCAUGAUAAAAAGUUUUCACAGAGGCAAAAUAAGGUUGCUUACAUUGAAAAAACAAGAAAACAAUGACAUUUACAAACAAUAAGCAAUCAAAUAAUAAUAAUAAUAUAAUACCUUUAUUUUGACCUAGUCUUGUUUCAUGAUAAAUGAUUAUUAAUCAAUCAAAUCAAAUCAAAUCAAACCAUGCUUUUAUCAAUCAAAAUGCAUUUUCUGUGGAGUGAUUCAUAAAGAUGUAAAACUUUUUAUAUUCUGCAUAUUGUACCAGUAUUGAAUUAAUAAAAUCCAAAAUGAA